GCCCUGUAAUGCCCGACGAUAAGCGAGCAAUGCCGCAAAACACCCACACACCCAUACUUAAGCACCAUGUUUGCUGCUGCUUUUUCCCACAACCGAUACGCCAGAUAAGCGUUCUGCUUGGGAGAGAGGGGGCCGUUUCCAAAGGGGGGCAGGGUGCUUUGGCGGUGUGGCACCAGAGGCUCCCUCUCGCUGCCUGAUCGAUGAUAAACAACAGGCCAUUUGGCACAGGGGAGGGAAACCCAUCACGGCCACGACGAGUUUAUGGAGGCCGCCUCCCUUGGCCCUUUCCACAGGCUUGUAGAUGCCACUAUAAAUACACGGGGAGAUCCCGUGAUCGUCUCCUUCCGUGUUCCUCUUCCUCCACUGCGAAUAAGAUACACACACAGUACCCGUUACACAAGCAAGCACACAAUCACACCAGUUAUAUGACAAUCACAUCCUCUCUGAGCAUCGUUGUUAUUGGAUUUGGACUCAUUGGCCCUAGACACGCCCAAGCAGUUGACGAAUGCCCUCAAACGCACUUAGCCGCUCUAGUUGACCCGUUCAAAACCCACGAGAAGCGUCAUACCGCACGCACGAUGUUCCCUUCGGUUCCACACUUCAGGACCUUGGAAGGCCUGCUGGCAAGCGGCAUCCACAUCGACGGGGCCAUCGUGUGUACACCUAACCACACGCACUUGCACGUGGCCCAGGUGUUGGCGAAGCACAACAUUGCCAUGCUGAUUGAGAAGCCGAUCUCGCCAGACGUUGAAGACGCGGUGAAGAUCAAGCGGCUCUCAGAGGACACGGGGAUCCCUAUGAUUAUAGGACACCACAGACGGUUCAACCCGUAUGUGUUGGCCACCAGGGACCAUCUACACAGGUGCGGUAAGAUCAUCGCGGUUGAUGCGGUGUGGUGUCUACAGAAGUGCGAGUCGUACUUCAAGCAAACGCCAUGGCGCUGCUCCAAGAAGAUGGGCGGCGGUGUCAUCAACCUGAACUUGGUUCACGAUUUGGACCUUUUGCAGUAUCUGCUGGGUCCGAUCAAGUGUGUUUACGCCACGGAGUGUGAGAAGACCCGUGAUGAUAACACCGGUGAAGAUGCCGUUGUUGAAGGCGCAGUGCUGACGUUGACCUUCCAGAGCGGCACACGGGGCUCGUUUAUCGUUUGCGACAACGUUAUAUCCCCUGCUAACUUUGAGAUGGGUACCGGUGAGAAUCCGUUGAUCGAGAAGAACUCGCAGGGAAUCGAUGGCGUGUUCUAUAGGUUCUUUGGUACCAGGGGAACCUUAUCAGUUCCAGACUUAACCUUGUUCCAUCAGGAUGGUUCAAAGGAAACCGGCUGGUGGAGUCCUAUGCACAAGGAGUCCAUCGAUGCCGACGUUGAAGGUGUUCCAUUUGCACUACAGGUGGAGCACUUUGCUAAAGUUAUGAAGGGUGAAGAAGAACCAAGGUGUACCCCUGAUGACGGGAUCAGGGCGAUGCUGGCCAUCGACGCCGUUGUCAAGUCCUUGGAGACUGACAUGCCAGUCAAAGUUGCUGCCAUUUGACUUUAAUUCUCGUGUUUUUGUUUAGUUGGUUAAUCAUAUGAUCAAUGUAU